AUGGCCAUUAUGAGCAUCCUGGGUGUGUAUUUCUGCCUUCAAAACUCCAGGAUGAUGAGGACAUGUGGAGAUGAGAGAUGCUCUCCAGGACCUCCCAUGAAAUCAAUCCAUAGCCUCUGCAGUGUGCCCUUCACCCCAGUGGAUUUCCACUAUGAGAAAAGUAGGAUCCGGUUUUUUGUUCAGAAUGCUAGCACUGCCUCUGCAUUGAAGGAUGUCAGCUACAAGAUGUGUAAUGAGGAGAGCCAAAAGAUAUGUACUGGGAUAUCCAUCUUUGUCAGUCCCUUGGCUGUACCCUACUCUGUGCAGAAUAGGAUCACUCCAGAAAAAAUGCCGUCUUUGCAGCUUAUCAUGAGGAAAUGAUAUGAUGUCUCUAAGCAAGCUCUGGAUCUCAGAAAGUUCCGCUUUGACCCAGCAUAGGGCAGCAUAGACUUAAUGUAUCAUAAUAUCGAAAUGAUUCUGAAUCGAAGAAACCGCAUGGUUGCUCCGCUUCAGAUCAUUCAAGAGGAUAUCCCUGAGCUGUUGUCCCUGAACUUGAGCAACAACAAACUGUUCCACUUGGAUGGCCUGUUUGAUGUGGUAGAGAAAGCCCCCCAAGUCAAGAUAUUGAACCUCUCCAAAAGUGAGCUAAAGACGGCAUGGGAGUUGGAGAAAGUGAAAAACCUGAAGCUGGAAGAGCUGUGGCUAGAAGGGAAUCACUUAUGCAACACUUUUCCAGAUCAGUCUUCCUAUGUAAGUGCCAUCAUGAGCUGUUUCCUCAAGCUGAUAUGCCUGGAAAAUCUUAAAGGUUCUGAGCCCAUAAAGGAUCUAAUUCUGCAGUUCCUGCAGGAGUAUUACUUGAUCUACAACUAUGGAGAGCGACAUGGUCUCCUCAGUGCUUAUUGUGACCAGGGCUGCUUCUCCCUGACCAUUUCCUUCAAUCCCAGUGAUCCAGAUCUGAGCAGUUUGUCUGAGUACUUCAAGGAUACCGGGGAUAUGAAAAAUACAAAGGACUCCUACGUACAGAGGCAGUUGCUGAAGUACACAAAACAUGACAUUGUGGACUGUCUCAGUGUAUUGCCCAAAAGUCAUCAUGCCUUCAGCUCCUUCCAGGUGGACAUAUGUUUCCAGACGGAAACAAUGCUCUGCUUUUCUGUCAAGGGCCUGUUCAAGGAAGUGGAGGGAAGGUUUCCAGGAUGUGCUCGUGCCUUCAUGCGGACCUUCAUUGCUAGCCUUGGCAGCAGUUCCAACCUCUGCAUCGUGAAUGACCAGCUGUUUUUUAGGGAUUCAGGCCCUGAUGAGAUCCAGAGGGCUUUUUCUGUAUCCUUGCAAAUAUCAUGUUACAGCUCCAAACCCAUCCUUUCUCAAGAGCAGUGAAAAAUUGUGUGGGCUUUCUCUACCCAGUCUGGCAUGAAACUGGAGUCAUCUCAGAAGUGCCUUGAGGACAACGAUUGUGACUACAGCAGAGCUUUUCAGGUCUUUACUAUGCUUCAGACUGAGGGCAAGAUUCCAAAGGAAUUCUUCAGAAAAAUGUCCUAA